AUGGAAAUCAAAAUUCCUCCAGGAAUUCCAAGUCUCCUCCUGAACUUUACCGAGACUGUAGGUGCUGAUGAACAACGUCGACUUGUUAUGAAAGUUGUAAAGCCCGCAGUUAUUGAGGAACCAAUUUAUAUCCGUCAACGCCUCAAAUUGACAUGUGAUAACAAAAAAGACAAUCAUUUAGAGAUAAAAUGGGUAACAAUAAGCCAAGCGGAAGCCGAAUUCGAAAAUCUUGAAAUUCAAGGAUUAGUUCAUUGUACAGGAGAAGGAACACUGAUAGCAAGAAAUUGCACGUUCACUCCUUCCGAUCAGCAGCCAAAUACUGCCGUUGAAGUUUUCGCUCAAUCCAAAUGUAUAUUCGAGAAUUGCGUUUUUUCAAAUGCAAUUGUUUGCCCAUUAACUAUUCGAGAUCGAGCCAGUUUUGAAAUCAUCAAUUGCACAUUCCAUUUAAAUACACAAACAUCGCUCUUAAUAUUAGAAUCGGCCAAAGGAUUUGUUAAUAAAUCAACUUUCCUCGGUACAGACAAAUUUUCAGUAUACGUAUUCAGUAAUUCGCAGUGCGAAUUUAAUGAAUGCAAAUUCUCCGAAAUUGCAGGUAAAGGAGCUUACGUUUUUAAGAAUUCUGAAGCAACAUUUAACAAAUGUAGGUUUGAAAAGAUCAAAGGAGGCGCAAUCAACUGCUCAACGGAUGGAACAACAAUAGUAGAUAAUUGUACAUUCAGCGGUAACGGACAUAGCGGUGUUCAUGCGCAAUUUAACUGUAAAACUCAAAUUAAGAAUUCAACUUUCACUUCUUCUGGAAUUAUUUACGAGUAUUGCGGUGGAUUAAUUGAUUCCUGCACAUUUACCAAUAUGAAUUCCCCUGGAGUUUGUUGUUUAGGAUAUAAAUCGAAUCCAGCGGUAAAGAAUUGCAAAAUCAAGACAUACAAUAACUUCGGAAUCGUAAUAAGAGAUGCUGCAAACCCUUCGCUAUACAAUAUCUCUCUAGAAUCAGGAAAAACUCACGCAAUCAUGAUUUCCGACUUUUCAAGCCCAAGAAUCGCUAAAACUACAAUAAACAAUUGCUUAAAUACGGGAAUUUGCAUAGUAAACGGUGCAAAUCCUGAAAUUAAUAACUGUAUUAUUAAUUCUUGUAAAAAAGCCAUCGAAAUCAUGACUACAUCGAGCCCAUUGAUACAGAAUUGCAUAAUAAAUGGAGAUAUACUUAUCCACCAUCGCGGAGAGCUUUUGCCAACCAAAUUUAUAGGAAAUGUCAAAAAUUCAGAAAAUUCCAGCUUCAAAUCGCUUAUUUAUCAAGAUGGAAUGUUUUCCAUUGGCGAAGAAGCGAAGAUGCCGCAAGAAGAACCCGAUUUUGUUGAAAUUCCUGAGAUGGAUAUUGGAAAUCUCGAUUUAUCAUGCGAAUCAAAGAGCGAGCACAAGCAGAUGUGCAUGAUAUGCCACAAGGAAGAGGCAGAACUUGCUUGUGUCCCUUGCGGACAUAUAUUAAUUUGUCAUAAUUGCAAAGAUUCGUUUGAGAAGUCCGAACGCGAGAAGAAAGUCUGUCCGAUAUGUUCUACACCUGUUCUGAAGCUCGUCAACGUAUUCCAAGAGCAAGAAUGCCAAAUUUGCUGCGAUUCUAAAGCAGAUACGAUGAUUUUGCCAUGCGGACACUUCGAAUACUGCUACAAAUGUGCUGUAAGGGCUUGCGAAGUGUCUAAAAUAUGUCCUACAUGCCGCGGAAGGGUAAUUUCUAUCAGACAUAUGUUCCCGACCGUCUGA